UGCAUCGUUGCAUCCAUCAUGUAUAAAAGUGUGGUUAUAUUAUUCUGCCUGCACAUUUUUGUAUUGUACAUUGAUAAUAAUGUACAAUAGAGUAAAGUUUAAAUAAAUGUUUAUACUAGAUUGAUGUUAAAGGAGUAGAGGCGUUUAGUAAAAGCUGAAAAAGAUGGAAUUAUACUAUGAGAUUUUGAACAAUAUGAGGUCGUAUGAGGUCAUUAACAAUAAUGUCCCUAAACAAUGGAGCACAGUUAACAUGUCCGUUGCGAGAAAAAUGAUGAAUGAUGAAUUAGAAUGUGAAUCUGCUUUCUGGAAACCGGAAGACCGCCUACUUGAGAAGGAGUAUCUAAAAAACGAACAGAAUUUUGUCAAGCAGCCGAAACUUCGUGAUGGGAGCCGGAGACCAGGCGAAUUCACAGAAGUUGACUUCCCCACAAUUUCUCGGCUCACUUUGAGAGAAAUGCAAUUAUACACGACCCUGUCUAUAGUCAAGAAGAAGAUGAAAGUUCUCAAUGCAAAGGAUGAAGAAUUAUUUCGAAUAUUGAGUGAGACUCUCGAGAUUGAACGCAGAGAUUACCAAGCAUUCGUAACUACCCAGUGGAGUCACAAUAAUAACUAUCUCAGGGCUGCUGAAAUAAAACCGUCUAUAAAACGUUAUAUCGAUUAUGUUUGGGAGUCAAGAAUAAGACGUCUUCAGAGGUACCCAAAACACUAUCGAAAUACUGAUAAUUCGAUACCUUUGAAGUUCAAUGAAAUUGAACCUGAGAAUCCUGUCAUCUUGAAACUGGGAACCACCCUGUUAGAAACGGGUGUGCCAAACUCGUUCGUGGUUCCCCCGUUGAUUUCUCAUCCCAGAGAAGUGACAUAUUUGCCGUCUGAUUUUCAAACUCUGAUUGACAAUUUUCAUCCAAAUCACGAAUUUCUACCUCCAGUGAGCCAAGACCCGAACAUAGAGCAUCUACUGGACGCAAGUGGAGCCCUGAAAAACGAGCACUUUAUAGUAGUCAUGUCUGGAAGUGGGUUUAAAACUAUUAUUGAUAACUUUGGUAACAAUCCAUCCCAGGAUUGGAUGCUUCCGAUCACCAUAAAAGAACAUAAUAUUGAUGGGAAGAAGAGGAAAGUUGUAUUCAUCGAUAAGAAGUUGCCACCCAAAAACCUCUCCAAUGCUCAACGUAUGAAAUGGUAUGCGAAGAUCGCACUUCACAUGAUGAUGUGCAAAUCCAAUGAAAAAAGUUCCAGUGACGAUGCUGCAAGUUUUAGUGACGAUGCUCAUUGCUCAAGUAGCUGUGGUGGUAUGACUGAAGACAGUCAAAUUGAAGAAACAUUUUCAGAUUGUGAUGGUGAAGUAAUGGAUAUGGAAGAUGACUUCGUUCCUAAUUCAAGAUUCAAAGAGAGAAGGAAACCAGUUUGGGGUGCUGGACGUUGUGAUUAUAGAAUUUGGCACAUUGGGAAGGAAACGCCAAACCAUCUGAUGAAACAUCAAGUCGGCGAAAUCAAGAUUCUGUUGAGGACCAAAUACGAUGGAGAAUGGGUGAGGCAGCAUCUUAAAAAGAAACAAGUAUUCACUGUUGCGCCGAAACUUGACUAUCAAUGUGAAUAUGGCGGGGAAAUUUUGACUACUUCUGAAUUUAUCAGACAAUGGGCUGAUUUGCAUAUCAGACCUGGAUCAUUCCUGAAAAGAGCAAGAAUCAAUCCGAUGACUUGCGAGUUCAUGCAGUUGCAAACGGUGUGUGAGGCUGACAUGGGUGUGGAAAUGCGGACUCACACUGAUGGCGUCCAACACAUUGCCGACAAGCUGUACAGUGUCAUCAGUCAUCUCGUGCAGCAGCCGCCUGCUAACUACAUUUUGGCACGCCACGCGCAGAGUGGUCCUUUCUGCAAAUUGUACGCCGAAUGUCACGAGAAUGAAUCAAAAAGCUGCUUUGAACUGCGGAAGAAUUAUCCGGAGCAUCCACGUGAGGCCCCGCCACCUGCUUUCAGUGCGCCUUUCUUACGUAUGGAUCCCAACUUCAAACCUAUCAAUUGCACCUACAAAGGAGUCCUACCUCUUACCUUUCCUCCUAGAAAGAAUCCAAAACCCGUGAAAUUGAAACCAACGUUCGUUCCAAAAAAGAAGAAUAGGAAUAGGAAGAGGAGGAACAAGAAGAAGAAGGAAACGGGUGAACACGAACAGGCUUGUGAAACGCAUACAGCAGAAUAGUGAGCAGCACCGCCAUAAAACAAUGCCACGUCAGCAAAUUGCUAUGUACAAGUGAAUUACUUCACAUUGGCUGUAAAAACAUCUGACCCUAAUCUUAGUUUCCUGAUCUGACUCUCACUGUUCGAAAUAAUCAAUUUUAACCGAUUAUCUUGAAUUAGCAACCAAACAUCAGGUUACCCCUAUAUCAUAGAGGUUCAAAUAGUAAAAACAAAGCACAGUAUUAAACUUGAUUUCAUUUUUACUGAUAUAACAUCAUUUAUGUUCUUUUUAAACAAUAAAUAUAUGUUCUAAUAUAUUUAUUUUAAAGAUGAUUGUGAUGAUGAAAAGUAUAUUUUUUUGCUAUUAUCGAAAUAACAAGUACAUGAAAAUUUCUUAAACAUUAAGUUUCAAUAAUACAGUACAAUGUAUAUUUGAAAAAUUUGACACUUUCCCGAAUAUCCAGGGUUUAAUAUUAUUUUGUAAGAGUCUUUCUUUCCGCUGCUUUAUUAUCAGACUUCGUUUGGAAUUUCUCAGCGAAUGAUAAUAUAGGAAGCCUGAAAUUAAAACAGAAAGAAUUUAUUUUUCAUUGUUUUAGUUACAUCUACUCUAGUCAACUACAUUCCAUCGUUAAGUAUACUGCAUACCAAAGACGUGCAUUACAAGAUGCAAGUAAAAAUUACAAUAAUUGAAAAAUACCUCACGGAACAGUGUUAAGAGGAAUCAGAAGGCAUUUUGAAUGGAAAUAGCAAGUAAUAAGUAUUUCAUCAUUUCAAAGUCUUAAAAUCCAAACUUGCUUAGCUUGCUUAGAGUUGUCAACUAGAUUUUCAAUAAAUUGCGGCAAUGUGUUGCCAUUUUCUUAAAAAUCACAGCAACAUGUCGUCAAAUUGUGGAAAACAAAAUUGUUGUUUCCCACUCAAUGUGGCAAACACUGAGACAGUUGCCAACAAAAUGUUCCACGCCGACUUCGCUCUCUAAGCCAAAAAUUGACAACUUUUCCCUCUUCAUUUGAGAAUAGUAACUUGUUUUUCUAUAAAAAAAUGUGCAACAUUUUUGUAUAAAAUAAUUUUGAUGACAACUUUGGUGUAAAAGCAGCUCAACGUUUGUCAAUAACGUUAGUCUUUACUAUUGUUUUACAGUACAGAUCCGUAGGCCAGGUUGAACAAAAGCCUGUUAAAUUUCAAUCAUGAUUAAAUAUCACGAGAGCCAAUCAGAGAUGAUUGGUUCUCAUGGCAUUUAAGCGCGGUUAAAAUUCAACAGGCUUGUGCAACUGGGCCUAUUGUUAUAAAACACGGUAGUGAAGUCAAUUUUCUCUCACUUCAAUAUCCAAUAAGUUUUAAAAUCUCAUACAUUAAAAUACUUCAUGAAAUAUGAUAGUGAAGUCAUCAUUUCCUAUCUUUAUAAUCAAUUAUCAAAAAUAAUUCUUUUUGAAGUGAAAUAUUAUUUCAAGGAUAGUGAAAUAUUAUUUUAAAAGCUAUUUAAGUCAUAAUUUCCUAUCGUUAUAAUCAAUUAUCAAAAAUAAUUCUUUUUGAAGUGAAAUGUUAUUUCAAGGAUAGUGAAAUGUUAUUUUAAAAGCUAGUGCAGUCAUUAUUUCCUAUCUUUAUAAUCAAUAUUAUCAAAAAUUAAUCUUUUUGAAUUAAGUGAAGUAUUAUUUCAAGGGUUUUCAUUUUACUAUAUUUUUUACCAAAUAGAAAGGAUGCUUCAGUAUUUAUUCCUUUAUACUUAUUCUAUGGUUACUUAUUAGGUGCAUUAUAAGUGAAUAAAAUAUUUUUUUUUGAAAAAUCCUAAAUAUUAAGGAUUAUAAAAUUGGCAUGAAUUUUUUAAAUAGAAUCCUCACUCCACGAUUUGGAUUUUUGUGCAUUGUAUUGAUUCAAAACUGAUUUUAUUCAUAAAUGAUUAUGCAAUAAAGAAACAUCAAUAUUUUUUGUGAAGCGUUUCCAGAUAGGCCUACAUCUUUGAAUUAAAAUUAGUCAAGAUCGAAAUUUAAUUUACUGCUUUCAAAUAAUGUUUGGUUUUAUUUACAUAAUAACGUUUAAGUUAAUUUACAUAAUAAAAUGAUGUACCUAAAUAAAACGUUUUUUAUUACA